AUGGCUCGUACCAAGCAAACCGCCCGCAAGUCUACUGGAGGCAAGGCCCCUCGAAAGCAACUCGCUGCCAAGUCUGCAGCUCGUAAGACUGCCGCUGCUGCCACCGGUGGUGUCAAGAAGCCUCACCGUUUCCGGCCGGGAACCGUGGCCCUCCGUGAAAUUCGUCGCUAUCAGAAGUCGACUGAGCUCCUCAUCCGCAAACUCCCCUUCCAACGUCUCGUCCGUGAAAUCGCUCAGGACUUCAAGACUGACCUCCGCUUCCAAUCCUCCGCCGUCAUGGCCCUCCAAGAAGCCGCCGAGGCUUACCUCGUCUCGCUAUUUGAGGACACCAACUUGGCUGCCAUCCACGCCAAGCGUGUUACCAUUCAACCCAAGGAUCUUGCAUUGGCUCGUCGGUUACGGGGAGAGCGUUCUUAG